AAUAGCUGUCCCCAUCAGUUAAAUCUAAGUACUAACCCCUUUUAAGAAAUAACUGGACGUGGUUGUGUGGCCGCUGCUGUGCCACUUUUGAUUAUUUCUGUUUGUCUGGCCAUGUCACACCUCAGAAGAACUCCUCCUCCAGCUGCCUUCUGCUGCGAUCCUUUGUGCAUGUUUGGACUGGGCUCUGGAGUUGGCCCUUUCAGAGACGAGAUCAGUGGGCUUUGGAUGGAAUGGGCAAGAAGGCAUCACUUUGCAGUUUGGCAAAGCUACAUUAGAUCCUCAGCAUGGGCAGCAUUGAACCACGAGCAUGGACCUGAAAUCACACAGCCAAGAGAAGGAAGUGAAGACUGGAGAGUGAACCUUGAUGUUAAGCAGUUCUCUCCUGAAGAACUCACCAUCCAUACCAACGGUGACCAUUUGAUAAUAUCAGCAAAGCAUGAGGAGCGGCAAGAUGAGGAUGGCUUUGUCUCCCGAAAUUUCUUAUGGAAAUACAAACUGCCUGUUGGUGUGGACAUCCAAGACAUGCAGGCUUACAUGUUCCCCAGUGGGGUCCUCAUAAUAAAUGCCCCUCUCCCGAAGUCGGCUCACAAAGCUCCAAAACAUAUAGCCAUCCAAAUUAAGGUGGAGAAAAGACUUUAUGAGCAAUAUUCACAACCUGGAGAAGGACAAGGGGAAGACCUGGUACAGAAGCCCCCGGACCAUCCUGAUCUGCACAAUCAAUUUACAGCUAGAGAAAAAGAAGGCCCAUCACUCACAGAACAACACGAAAAGAGAAUGGAGGACCCAUCUGCGGGUUUAGACAUCACUGAUGACCCAGCAGAACAAGAGGCUGGUCCAGGGGCCUUCAAAAAAAGUGAGGGUGCACCAGCAGAACAGCUGCAUACUCUCAGCAGUGGCCCACUAGAACAUAUUGAACAACAAGAUACAUCUAUCUCUGAGGAAGGACACGAUUUGAACGCUGAGAAAGAGGAUCCAUAUGCGCCUGGAGAACAAGAAGGAGGUAGUUCUGCACAACAGGAUCCACCAGACUCUGAAGAACAAAAGGACAGGCAGCCUGAACAACAUGAUUCACACACCUCUGGAGAACAAGAUGUAAACACUGCACAGCACGAUACAGUUGCUUCUGAGGAAAACCAAAAUAUACAGCCUGAACAACAGGAUCCAGUAGACUUUGGACCACUAGGAGACACACAGGGUUCAGAACAGGUUCCCCCUAACUCUGAAGAACAAGGAAAAAUGCCAGCAGAAGAUAAGGACCCACUCACCUCAGAUGAGCAGGAAGACAAAAAAUCUACACAACAAGAUCCAACUACUUCUGUAGAAGUAGAAGACACAAAAUCUACACAAAAUGCAUCUGUCUCUGGAGAAGUAGAAGACAAACAGACUAUGCAACAAGAUCCCCUCGCAUUUGGAGAACAAGUAGACACACAUGUUAUGCAACAAGAUUCAGCCACCCCUGGAGAAGACACAAGAUUCACAAAACAAAAUCAUGAAGAUACAUUAGUGGAAGAACAGGACCCACUCACUUCAGCUGAACAGGAAGAUGCACAUACUGCACAACAAGAUCCAUUUCCCCUUGGUAAAGUACAUGACAUAUCACCUGCACAACACAAUCUACUUGCUUUUGGAGAACAAGAGGACAUUCAGGCUGUAAAAGAAGAUCUAACUGCCACUGAAGAAAAAGAAGUAGGUGCAUGUGACCCCAGAAUGCAGAAAGAGGUUCUGUCUGAGCAAUGGGAUCCAUUUGAAUCUGGGGACCAAGAUGACGCACAGAUUUCCAAAAAAGACCUGCAUGCCUCUGAGGGAGAAGAUGACAAACGUGUUACACAAGAUCCAGUUUUUUCUGGAGAACAAGGUGAGAUUCAAUCAACAGAAGCGGGCCUGCCCGCCCUUGAACAAGAUGAUACACAAGCUUUGCUAGAGGGUUCAACUGUCUCUGAAGGUCAAGAAGACCCCCAGAUUUCACAAGAAGAUUCAUUAGUUUUCGAAAAACAAGACAGAAUGCCAGCAGCAAUUGUGGAUGCUGAGGGCUCUGGAGAACUAGAAGAAACAGAGCAUACAGAACAUGAUCCAACUGUCUGUAAACAAAAAGAAGAUACACAGGAGAAACAUCAGGAUCCUUUCACUACUACAGGACAAGAAGGUAUUCCACAGGAUCCAUCUGCCACUGGACAACAAGAAGAUGCCCCAUCUGGACAAUGGGAUCUUCCCUCCUUGCACAAACUUGGUGAACAAGGAGAUCAAUCUGCUUCUGCAGAACAGCCUGGACCAUUUGCAUUUGGAGAACAUGAUGAACAAAUGACACAACAGGAAUCACUCACGUUAGGAGAAGAUGAAAAUGCACCAGACAGUCUAACCUCUGGAGAGCAAGGAUUUCAAGUUGUGCAACAAGAUCCACCAGUCAUGGAAGAGCAUGAUGAUAUUUGCGAUGAAUGUCAGGGUCCAACUUCCUCUGCAGAAUCAGAAGACAUACAAGUUGAACAAAAGCACUCCGAGGAAACAGAAGAUACUACGCUAGAACACCAGCAUCUACUCAUCUCUGGAGAACGUGAAGAUGCACACUUUGUACAAGAAGAUCCAUUUGGUAGUGGAGAAAAAGAAGAGAAUCUAAAUGCCAUGUCAGAACAAGAAGAAAGACAAGAUACACCACAAGAUCCCUCUUCUUAUGGAGGACAAGGAGAGGCAGAGGCAACACAGCAAGAUCCACCCAUUUCUGGAAAACAAGAAGAGACCUUGACUUUGCAGAGGGAUCAGCUUGCCUCAGAAGAGCAAGGAGAUACUUGUAUUAGCCAAGAUCCACUCACUGUUGAAAGGGCUGCACAGACGGAAUAGUUUGCCUCUGGAGUGAGAUUCAGGUUAAAAAGCAGGGUGUUCAAUAAGACCCACAAGGAAAACAAAAGAAGUAAGGCCGAGACACUAACGUGCUAUUAAUUAACAGAAUACACAUAUUCAUCAUAUAUGCAUCCUUGCUUAAAUUAUUUUCCCUACAAAAUCCUACUAAAUAAUGGAGAAACCUGCAAAACUCUACUACAGGUUUUCCUUGGCUCUGGUGGAAAGUGGUGACAUUGUGAAAUCAAUUUGGAUUACAAUUCUGACAACAAAGACCUGGCAGGGAUGUCACUUUGAAAGCCUACUUUGAGGUAAAGGCUGCUCUAGAUCUCACUGAAAAGCAUCAUCCUGGCUCUGAAUGUUACUUUAUAGGCAAGACGAUAACGGUCAAACAUGUCCAACCUGUGCAAGUGCAAUCCUCCUGCGAUAUUUUAACAAAGCACACUUUUACCAUUGAUCACUGCUUCUUCAUGUUGACUUUGUGGAAAUAAACACUUUG